UAUUGGGCCCCUGAACUUCUUACAACCAACGCUUCUCGUGAUCUUACCUAGCCAAGCCUGAGCAAGGUCGCAUUUCUCUUUUCGCUACAUACCUGAUAGUUUUCUAAGCACAAGCUUUUCGAUACUUCCUUAGUUACUUGGAGCAUAGCCACCAAGUGGGCAGAAACACGUCGAAAUGCCUCCUCAGACCCCACCCCGCUCGGGGUAUCGUUCAGGCAAAGCGACGUUUGUCGAUGAGUCCUUGUUUGCCAGCAAUAAACCACAGCGUACUCAGGGUGAUACAGCUGACGCUAGGCCGCUUAAGCUGACCGUGCCAACGCGUACCAUCAGCCCUAAGGACCGCGAUGUCGUUACCCUGUCAAAAGGCGACCUCACCCGCAUGCUUAAGCCGUCGCCCAUUAUGACUGCUGAGGACGUCGCCAACGCCAAACGCGAGGCGGAGGCGAGGCGCGAGCAGCUGCAGGCAGUCUCUAAAGCGCGCAAGGAGAAGAUGAUGAAGCUGGAAGAGGAGGCUAAGAAGCAGGCGCCUCCGACGGAGACAGAAAUCCUCCAACGCCAGCUGAACGAUGCUACCCGCUCCCGUGCGACGCACCUGCUCCUUGAGCAGAAGGACGCGGUCAAGAACAUGAACCAGAUGAUGCUGUACUCCAAGUGCGUCACCAUCCGUGAUGCCCAAAUAGAGGAGAAGAAGCAGAUGCUGGCGGAGGAGGAGGAGGAGCAGCGCCGCUUGGACCUCAUGAUGGAGAUUGAGCGCGUCAAGGCGCUCGAGCAGUAUGAGGCACGUGAGCGGCAGCGCAUGGAUGAGCGGCGGCGGGGCGCUGCCGUACUCAACGAGCAGAUCCGCGAGCGUGAACGGGAGCGCAUCCGGCAGGAGGAGCUGCGUGAUCAGGAGCGAGUGCAUAUGCUCAAGGAGAUGGAGCGGCUGAAGGAGGAGGAGAUGCAGGCGCAGAUAGAGAAGAAGCUGCAGGCGAAGUUCCUAAUGGAGGAGGUUGCAGCAGCCAACUCGGAGCAGAUCCGGAGAAAGGAGCAGAUGAAGGUCCGGGAAAAGGAGGAGGACAUGCGGAUUGCGGAGUACCUGCUACAAAAGGAGCUGCGUGAGCAGGCCCUAGCCGCUGAGAAGGAGCGCAUUGCGAAGGAGAAGGAGCUGGAGGUGGCUCGGUUGCGCGCCAUGCAGGAGCGCGCGGCGGACAAGCAGGCGGAGCUGGACGAGCUGCGGGCGCGGCGCUACCAGGAGGCCAAGGAGCGGGAGUGGCGGCAGAAGGAGAAGUCGUACGCAGAGCGGCAGGCGGCCAUGCAGCAGGAGCUGGCGCAGGCGCGCACAGCGCAGCAGGCGGCCAAGAUCAAGCAGAAGGCGGAGAUGGCCAAGCUGGAGCACGAUGAGUUCAUGCGCGUGCUGGAUGUGAACCGGGCGAAGGAGUACGAGGAGCUGCAGCAGACGGUGAACGCCAUGACGCUGAACGCCAAGUACAAGGAGUCGCUGCUGGCGCAGAUCCAGGCGAACGAAGAGCGCCGCAAGCGCGAGCGGCAGGCGUACCUGGAGGAUGGCGCGCGGCUGCGGGAGGAGGCCGAGAAGGAGAAGCAGCUGCUGGCACAGAUUAAGGAGCGGAAACUCGGCGAGCUAGAGUCGGCGGGUGUGCCGUCCAAGUACCGAGCAGAGCUAGAGAAGAUGAAGGUGAAGAUUUAAUGGCGGUGGUGGUGACCUCGGGGGCGUCGGUAGAGCCUGGUGCUGUAAGCGGGAUAGCACCUGCGACACAUGCAUGCAUGCAUGCCAGAUGGGGGCGAUGGUGCAUGGUUCCUUUUCACACCUUUUCGCACGCCGCUAGCGCAGCGCGUUGCAGGAACUGGGCUGUAGGUGGACACACGAGGGGGUGUAGGUGUUGUAGGUACCCUUGAACUGACAGACUCCUAACGCAUGUGCCUGUAUCUAGCGCAUAGAUAGGACUAGGUAGGAUAGUACGGACGCCGCAUUUUCAUAGGCAGGAGGAUUGUAGAUAGGCAUUCACGCAGCAGUUACAACCGCGGCCGACAACAAACGACUGUGUCCAUAUGUUUCUGUAUUGCGCCGUGAACCUCUUGGGAGCUCCCUGGGGGGAGCAUGCAAGGGGGCGUGAUUGCUGAUUUUGUACGGCGUAUGUUAACGAGCGCAGUAAGUGUGCUCUUAAGUUUCAGGCGCUUGGGUUAGGACACGUGGUCCGUUUCGGCUGUUUGAAGUCGUGCUUAUUUUAAGCACUUGCUCUGUAUAGUGUAGGGGAUAGUGUUUGGAUGUAAUGAGGCAUGUUAUGGCUAUGCUUCACCCCGCACAUAGCACGAGGAGUGCUGUUUUGAUGCCGCAAUGGUCAUCCUUGCACCCUACGGCGUGCAUUACAAGGUGCUCCAUAGUAACAAGGCGUAUCAGGCGAUAAGCCACCUGAUGUGGGCAUGCUUGGCUCCGGAGAGACGCGGGUUUGGGAUUAGCAUCAUGCCGGGGUUGAGCAGCUCUUGGGCACGUGGGGAGAUGAAGGGCCGUUGCGCCGCGACGGGAACACCGCUUGGCCAGACAAUUACCAGCUUGUGCACUUUUACCCCUCGUCACGAAAGGUUAUGCAUGCAUGAUCAUAGCCGCACGCUAGCAUUGCC